AUGAUUGGCCGACUGUUUAAAGCAUUAUUUAAUUGGUCGAUUUUGCAUGCAUAUGAUUGGGCAAAUGCAUUAACUUAUCAUUUAAAACUGCAUGCCAUGUGCGAAAUUUUACCAACUAGGAAAAUGUCUGUUAGCGUCGUAACUUCUGCUUUCCAAGUUUCCAGUCUGACGGAUCCAUCUUAUGAUGCGGUUUUGCUGCUAAAUGAUGAUAUAAAACAUUUUCCAACAGCAUUACAACUAGCUCACAAGUCCUUGAAGGAGUUCUCUGAGGUCAAUCCUAAGUUUUCCGAUGAAGUCAGUGUGAUUCCAUUCCCUGAACAUCCAUCAAAAAGAUUAAUAUUUAGUCCAACUGGUCAGUUAAAUACAGAUGAAGCGGACGUUCGCAAUGUGUAUGAUGCUGCUGUGAAUGGCAUGUUAAAAGUACUAAGCAUAGGUUCAUAUCAUGCAUUGUAUACACCACUUGAAGUUCGCGAAAUGCUACCUGAGAAAUUUCCCAAAGCUAUUCGACUUGGAGUGAUGGAGGUUGAUGAAUUCUCAUUAAAUAUUGCUAAAGCUAUUGAAGAAGGCCGAACACUAGCACGAGAUAUUGGUGGUUCAGAUCCUGAACGAAUGGCUGCCCCGAAAAUUGCAGAAUACGUACAAUAUGCUCUAAAUGGUCUUCCAGGUAUUACAGUCACUGUCGAUAAGGUUGAUGUUAAGAAAUAUCCAUUAAUGGCAGCGGUUAAUAGAGCAGCAUCAGUUGUACCUCGUCAUGAUGGCAGAGUUGUUCACAUUGAUUACAAACCGUCAAAUUUCAAAGAGAUCGACACAUCGCUAUUUCUUGUCGGUAAAGGGAUCACUUUUGAUACUGGUGGAGCUGAUAUUAAAGCCGGUGGAAUUAUGGCUGGAAUGCAUCGAGACAAGUGUGGGGCUGCAGCAAUAGUUGGUAUCAUGAAAACAAUUGGACUGUUACAACCAAAUGGUAUAAGUGUUUCAGCCGCUUUGGCAUUUGUACGAAAUAGCGUUGGAGCUGAAUCCUAUGUUGCUGAUGAAAUAAUCAUUGCACGCUCUGGCCAACGUGUACGUAUUGGUAAUACAGAUGCUGAAGGUAGGACAGUAAUGGCUGACUUAUUAUGCGAAGCGAAAGAAAAGGCACUUACAGCUAAAAAUCCAUUUAUAUUCACUAUGGCCACAUUGACAGGACAUGUAAUCCGUGCUUACAAAAAUUUCACGGCAGUAAUGGAUAAUGGUCCAGCGCGAGUUAAAAACGUGUCGAAGGAAUUACAAAAUUCUGGUGAUUUAAUCUCUGAUAUUGCUGAGAUCUCUACUAUUCGUAAAGAAGAUUAUGCUAUGAACAAACCUAAAAGUGAAUAUGAAGACCUAUUACAGUGUAACAAUUUACCGAGCAGCUCUACACCACGGGGUCAUCAAAUGCCAGUGGCAUUUUUAAUUGUUGCUAGUGGUUUAAAUAAGGUGAGUGUUGAGGAUUGCUUUUUGUUUAUUUGUCGCUUUCAUUGAGAUUUACAUCUGAUUCACAUGUUUAGACAAUAUGCUACAUGCGGUAACCUGCAGAAAGAAGUCAGUAGCCGAUAAUUGUCUUCAAUAUGUUUUUCUAUCUUUAUUUAGUCAGAAAGUCGGUCAGUUUUAUGCAACCUGAAACCUGAUGAUACAUGUGCAUUUGCUUGAUCUCCACACUUUAUUCAUACAAAUGGAUGAAAUUAUCAAGACAAAUUUUUCUCAUGAAAUUUCGCUAUUUGAACUGUAGAUAGUUUUACCUUUUUGUAACAAUGUCAUAACAGUGAGUAUUAUUUGUGAGUUAAUCAUUUAAUGAAAGCCAGAAAAUGAUACGACCUUUAAUUAUGUCAGCUUAUUCAGUUUGUAUUAUCAUAGUGAAUUGAUAUAUUUAUUUUAGCCAACACUGUUUUCACUAGUUGAAUGUUCAAUAGAUUAUAUUAAUUUGAGCUUCUUCGGAAAAAUUACUUAUAAUUAGGAAGAAAGCUACGAUGUUGUAUUUUCUCAUUGAUUUUCAACUGGUGCAAUUGUUACUACAUAAAAUAAUUAUGGAUGCUGUCAAUAUACUGUUUGUCAUUGACAGACGGUUUGAACGAGGAGGCCAAUUGGUAUAAGAGAAAGUAAGCUAGUUGUUCGACUUCCGAACUUUAAUACAUCUAUUACAGGUGUUAAAUUACUUUCUCGAUUCCAAAAAGCUAAACUAUGUGGCAUCUUAAUUCUACAGUCUAACAGAAUCUCGGUGUAUGCUUUCAAAUGAAGUUGGUUGUGCUAUGAUGUGUUUAUCAGUAUUCAAAGAAGAGUUGUCAGUCACAAUCUCAAUUAUAUUUCCCUACUCUGUAUAUGCUACUUCAUCUACAACCUAGCGACCUAAGCAUUGACUUUUGGCAAUAAACUUGAAGUUGAGGUUUUUCCCAUUAGUCUAAGAAACACAGUGAUAAAAUGCUUUAAACUGCGAUUGAUCUGCAGAUCAACCUGGACAAAAAUGACCGAGUAUCAUGAAGCGGAAUUUCAACAUAUAAGUCGUGAAUUUUAAACUAAUUAUCUUGACUGCUGAAUUACAACUCUAGUGUGAACUUAUUUGUUAGUCAAAUUACACUGUAACCAUUGUUUGGUUUGAAAUUUGACUAAAGAAAACUGGUCAGUAAGCUUGUUUGAAUCAUCAUUAUUAACUACCAACAAGUAUGGCUCAUAAUCUAUGCACAUGAAGUAAUGAUUCGUCACUACAUACUAUUGUUGUGCACGAAAACCCAGGUGAGGAACAUCAAUAAUAUAUCUAAGCGAAUAUUACAGAGUUGUUAGGCAUAUUUGCAAAACCUUCCCGUGAAUCAUCAUUUGCAAACGAAUCCUUAUUUGUUUUAGAUUUCAGUGUUCUUUCACAUUUAGACUGUUCAGACUUCAGUUCACUUUACGUUACCUACAAAUCGCCUUCUGUUCUCAUUCUUUCCUUCUCGAUCUUUGGCUGUCAGACGUUUGAUUUCCAUUUGAUAUCAUAUACUACUUAUGUGAACUAUAAGUAGCGUACACCACACUAUGAUGAUUAGCUUAGAAAAUGUUUUCAUGUUGCAUGUAUUUACUAAUUGUUUGUAACUGUUUUUAUUGUAUUGUAGCAUGGUCUCGAUGCCAAAGUGC